UACAAACGGACAAGACAAGGACCUGAGUGUUCAUCCCUCUGUGCAGGUUUUAUCUUUCCAAGUGUUGUUUAAGUGGCUGUGGUUGCAUUUCCAACAUUCAAAUGCUUUCUCUGCGAAUUCUCUCAUUUCUCAACAAGCCACCAUUGUCACCUCCACCAGUAUCUCUCCCCAACAAGCCCAUUAAUGCAUUCAUCUCUCAAUCCUUGACAUAUGGUGAUGAUGUUGCGUUUAAGAAAGGAAGAGCACACCCAUCUUCUUUUUCAUCCUAUAUCGUUCGUGCAGUGGAGAAAGAUUCACACCAGUUUGAGGUAGACCCAGAUAAGGCUAGAGAAGCCCUCCAAGAGCUUGACCAGCAGCUUCAAUCCUUCUCCGAGAAAAAAAUCACCCUUCCAAAGAUAAGGGCUUCAGAUGUGAAAUUUACUAAAGAGCAAAUGACUGAUGAAGAAGAAUUUUCAGAUUCUUAUCUAGCAUAUUCAGCUAUUGGUCUUGUACUUUUCACCAUUUUAUAUAAUAUACUUUUUGAGACAGUAAUAAAACCAGCUGUCGAUAUGCCAUUGGUAGGACCUGCUACUACAGCAGUGACAGAAGCUUCCAAAGACCAAACAAGUAAUAAUUAAAAGCAUCAAUCAGAGCAUAGCAGUUUUGAAGCAGCUGCCACAUGAAAUUAGUACCUGAGGUUUUCAUUCAGCCAUGCAGUUUUGAUUUCCUAGAAGCAAUACUCAUAGGCAAGCUUUUGUUGAUUUGCUGUAAUUUCUUAUAACUUCCACAAGAAUUUAGUUUCUGAUGUAA